AUGAGACUUGUUGGUGACAUUUCACAAUAUUUAAAACAGGAGAAAAUAAAAUUGGGAGCUGAGUUCUGUAAUUCAACUCAAACACCAAGACCAAAUUAUGUCCAAAAUGGAAAAGUGCAUUUUAAACGUUUGGGACAUCUGAACGAUGAGCUUGAAUUUCGACGUAAUCCUAUUCUGCCUCAGUUACCGACUUUUUUAUCCAAGAAAGAGUUGCUUUCAAGGCUUUCUGAACAAAAUGCUCAGAAUAAACAUCAAGAACAAAUUGCUGAUAACGCUGCUGAAAUAUUUGACGUCGCAGAACAAGAAUACAAGGAUUACAAAGAUGCGUUAUGGUGA